CGCUUGAUCCCCCUGCUAGAACAAAGUCAAGAAACACAGAGCACUCAUUGUAUCAGGGUUUGAAAAACGCCGCCAGGCAAUCGCCGAAGAGGAGAAGUUGCUUUUGAAGCAUCUUCAGGAGGAAGAGCUGGGAACCCUGAAGAAGCUGGAUAGGAAUUCAGACUUCCUUCUUGAGCAAUGUGCUGGACUGCAAAACCUCAUCACAGAGAUGGAACAUCAAUGCCAAAAACCUGCAGCCGCUUUGCUCAAGGAUGUGAAAAGGACCUUGAACAGGAGUGAAGAACUAUCCCUGAAAGAACCACCACCAAUUUCGAUGGAAUUGCAAGACUCCUAUGAUGUUCCUGGCUUGAUGGAGUCAUUACAAAGAUACAGUGCAUCGGUGACCUUUGAUCCGGAUACAGCUAAUCCUUACCUGCUCUUAUCCGAGGACCUCCUCAGCGUUCGAGUGGUGGAUCAAAGGCAAGAUCUGCCCAAGAACUCAUCUCGCUUCGAAACCUGCACUUGUUUAAUGGGCCGUGAGCAGUUCACCUUCGGGAAACAUUACUGGGUGGUGUGCGUGGAAGGCAAGUCCAGCUGGACACUGGGAGUGUGCAAAGAAUCAGUGAGCCGCCAAGGUAUCUUCACCCCCUCGCCAGCAACAGGGUUCUGGACAAUAUGGCUGAGGAAUGGGGAUGAGUAUGCAGCACUUACCUCUUCGCUCACAGAAUUGGUGCUCAGAGCAAAGCCAAAGCUGAUUGGUAUCUUCCUGGACUACGAAGCAGGAGAGGUUUCUUUCUAUAACGGUGAUACCGGCUCCCACAUCUUUACCUUCUUGGAUUCCUUCUCUGAGACCCUUCGGCCUUAUUUCUAUCCUGGAAUCCAGGCAGGGGGUCUCAACGAUGCUCCCCUCAUUAUCCAGCCAGCCAAAGAUCAAUCAGGUCUUUCUCCUCUGGUCAUUGAGACUUUUUCAUACCUCUAAGGCUGGUUCCACGCAAAGCAUUUAAUCUGGAAUGGGACGACUAGGUGAUGCCAUUCCUUACUUAUGUCUAUGGAGAUUCUCAGUCAUUCAAGUCAUGGUUGUCCCCUUUUUCAAGAGGCAACUGGACUUUUGGGUUUUUCGUUGAGGACGUUUUGCUUCUCGGCCACUUCUUGGAUGAGAAAUGAAAUGUCUUCAAAGAAAAAACUCAAAGUUCAAGAGUUGACUCUUGAAAAAGCAUCUUUGGGACAUUCUUAUGCUAUUCUCGUCUGGGUCUCUUUAACACGUUUUCACCCUCUGAGACAUUCCUGCGUCAGAAAAAUGUUUCCAAGGGGAUCUUUCAAUAUGGAAUAGAUAUGGCUUAUUCCUAUAAUUCCACGCAAUGUUGCCUUUCUACAGGUAUUUGAGCAUAAAGCCAUUCGUCUCUAAAUCAGUCCCCUCCUUUUUUUUUCCCCAUCCAAAAGGAGGUCUGAAAAACGGUUCCACCACAAAACCGCGUUCGACUAAAGU